GUGAUUCUGAUCCGUCGUCUUGUGACAUUGGUCUAUCCGGGUCAAUUUUUGAUUAUUUUCUCUUAGCUUUUACUUAGCCAAACAGGUCGCUAGAACAUAUUUAAGUGGUAAAAUGAGAUUUCAAGAAUUCAACAUCGACAACGGCUACUUGGAGGGGCUUUGCCGUGGUUUUAAGAACGGAGUCCUGAAACAGGCGGAUUACAUCAACUUGGUGCAGUGCGAAACACUUGAUGAUUUGAAGCUGCAUCUGCAGAGCACUGAUUAUGGACAAUUCUUGGCUAAUGAACCUAGUCCGUUGGCUGUUUCCGUUAUUGAUGAUCGUCUGAGGGAAAAACUAGUCAUUGAAUUUCAGCACAUGAGAAAUCAUGCUGUUGAACCUCUGGCUACCUUCUUGGAUUACAUUACGUACAGCUACAUGAUUGACAACAUCAUAUUGUUGAUUACGGGCACUCUGCAUCAUCGUCCCAUCACUGAGCUAAUCAGCAAGUGCCAUCCUUUGGGAAGUUUUGAGCAAAUGGAAGCUAUUCAUGUUGCUUCUACUCCAGCUGAGCUUUACAAUGCUGUGCUGGUAGACACUCCAUUGGCUCCUUUCUUUGUAGAUUGCAUCAGCGAGCAGGAUUUGGAUGAAAUGAAUAUUGAGAUCAUUCGAAACACCCUGUACAAAGCAUAUCUUGAAUCAUUCUACCAGUAUUGCCAAACACUGGGAGGAACCACUGCUGAGGUCAUGUGUGAAAUUUUAGCAUUUGAAGCUGAUCGUCGCGCUUUGAUCAUUACUAUCAACUCUUUCGGCACUGAACUUUCCAAGGACGACCGAGUUAAAUUGUAUCCGACAUGUGGCCGACUUCAUCCUGACGGUCUUGCAGCCUUGGCUCGUGCUGACGAUUUCGAGCAAGUCCGUGGAAUUGCCGAAUAUUAUGCGGAGUAUAAAGAGCUGUUCGAUGGUUCUGGUAACAAUCCCGGUGAAAAAACCCUCGAGGACAAGUUUUUCGAAUACGAAGUGAAAUUGAACAUGUACGGAUUCAUGCAACAGUUCCACUUUGGCGUAUUUUACUCUUAUUUAAAGCUCAAAGAGCAAGAGUGUCGCAACAUUGUUUGGAUAUCCGAGUGCGUCGCUCAAAAGCAUCGCGCCAAGAUCGAUAACUACAUUCCCAUCUUCUAAGAACAAAUGCACCAACACAAGCCAUCUAAGCCAAUGAACCUUUUGUUUAUGAUUUUUUUUCUUCUCCCACGUUCAAUAGCUUAUCUUAUUACCAUUGUCCUGUCGUUGAAAUCAGAUUAUAUUAGACUACUCCUCUUCCCUACUUUUUUUGGUUACUUUUUAACACUAUUUGGUAAUUCGUCUAUGUGGCUGUAGAUUUAUUCGGUGUGUAAAUAUAUGUUAAUUCAAA